AGUUAUCUGAGCUUUUGGACAAGUCAUUUGCUGUAUCUGUGUGCUGGAUCCUGAUUGGUGUCUUUGAGCGCGAUCGCUGCUUCCGCAGUACAGUACUUGCGGCAAGUGCGAGGCCGCAGUCCGACUCUCUGGGACAUACUUGACCGUAGACCUCCCCAGGACCUGUCUCAUCUUCUGUACCCUCGCUCCUGCUCAACUCUCUCUGCGCAACUCUCUGCAACGAAAUGUACUUGUAUCUCGGCGAGAGCCCUCGGACUCUGUACCUGGUGACCAGCUCCGAAGAUGAGAGGCGCGGCGGCCCUGCUCGAGCCCUUGUCUUCCGCGCGGCCCAGGACUCCUCGUCCCAAGCGGUGGUCGAAUUUCUUCCGAAGCGUGAGGUAGACUUGUCGAACGCAACGAGGCUGAGCUCGCGGAUCGUGAAGGGAUGUCUGGGUCUGAUCUCCAUCUCCGGAGAGAUGUUUCUGGCAGUGAUCACUUCCGCCACCGAUGUUGGCAACACAAGACCCUCCUCUCCCACUUCCGAAAGCGUUUCCCAGAUUCACGACGUCAGCUUCUUCUGCCUCACCUCCUCGCUCUGGGACGAGAGCUCGCUCAAUGGAGAUGCGCCGCCGAACCCAGGCUACGGGGAUCAAAACGACAUGUACUACAACGCGAGCGGAAGCGCCACUCCUGCGCCGGAACACCCUUGCCAGCCUCUCAGGAAGCUGAUCUCUACGGGCACCUUCUACUACGCGUCAGACCCGCAGUGGGACAUCUCAUCGCGUCUGCAGCGCCGCCUUGCCCGCACCGAACCAUGGGAUGCGUCGAUAUUCGACGAUCGUUUUGUGUGGAAUGAGUAUAUCAUCAGGAGUUUGUUGGACUUCCGCGAACGUCUAGACCCGCAGGAGCGUGCGGAGCUGGAUCAAUGUCAAUUUAUUGUACUAGCUAUUCAGGGAUACGUUGGUGUAUGCACGCUCGCGCUGCCUGCACCACCAACAAAUGGCACCCCUGCCGUGGCGACACUCUCGCUCAUAUCCAGGCUGGGAUGGAAGCGCGCCGGAACACGGUUCAACACACGAGGAGUCGACGAUGACGGCAACUGUGCCAAUUUCGUCGAGACGGAGACCGUUUUCAGCACGGACCAACAUUGUUAUAGUUACGUACAAGUACGGGGUAGCGUUCCGUUGUUCUGGGAGCAACAGGGCUUGCAAACGUUUGGCCACCGGAUCCAGAUCACUCGUCCACAAGCAUCACAACCCGCAUUUGACAGACACUUUGCUAGUCUGGUUGAAGAAUACGGCGCCGUGCACGCCAUCAACCUGCUUGGUACGAAGGAGAACGAGACUGCGCUCACGGCUGCGUAUUCCCGCCACACGAAGUCUGCGCAACAUGCGCUUGGGGAUGCCAUAGGUCUGACCAGCUUCGACUUCCACUCUGCUGUUCGUAUAGGCGGUCAUGAGAGCGUCUUCCGAGAAAUCAGGCGCCUGGAAACGGUAGUCGACAAUCUCGACAAGUUCGGAUUCGCGAUGGCUGACGCCAACACGAACGACAUCAUCACCGAGCAAAAGGGUGUUUUCCGUACCAACUGCCUCGACUGUCUGGAUCGCACGAACUUCGUGCAGGAUAUCCUGUCCCGGACUGCACUCGAACAGUAUCUCCUGCAUAUACGUCGCGAGUGGAUACACUCCAACUCACUGUGGUCCAACCACGGAGAGCUAUGGGCUGAAAACGGCGAUGCGCUCUCGCGUAUAUAUGCCGGGACAGGCGCGCUUAACACAAGCUUCACUCGUAGUGGGAAGCGCACGUUAGCGGGUGUCUUGUCAGACGCGACGAAGAGCGUCUCGCGAGCAUAUAUCAACAACUUCCAAGACAAGGGAAAGCAGGCUGCGAUCGACAUGUUCGUGGGGAAUCUUAGCACUCAACGGCAGGUGACCAUCUUCGAUCCCAUCCACGAUUCUGUGCGCGCAGCGCUAGAAAACAGACUGUCAGAGUACUCGACAACAAAACAGUGUACUAUAUUUAUCGGCACCUGGAAUCUCAACGGCAGGCCACCACCUACGGAGUCCCUCCUGCCAUGGCUCUUCCCUCGACCUAAUACCCCCGAGCCGGACAUGUUUGCACUUGGUUUCCAGGAGAUCGUGCCUCUGACGGCACAGCAGAUCGUCCAGACUGACCCAGAAAAGAAGCGCGUGUGGGAGGCAAAAAUCAUCGAUACCCUAGAACGCCGGCCCCACAAGAAGAGCAGUUACAUUUUGCUUCGAAGCCAUCAGCUCGUGGGCACAGCGCUCCUCGUUCUCGUCAAGAAGGAGCUCACUGCGGUGAUUCGGAAUGUCGAAGCUGCUUCUCACAAGACUGGUCUUCGUGGGAUGUCAGGCAACAAAGGCGCAGUGGGCAUCCGCCUCGACUACCACGACUCGAGCUUCUGCUUCCUCACGGCGCACUUUGCCGCUGGACAUGGGAAUGUGGCUGAGCGCAACGCGGAUUACCGGACCAUAGUCAACGGAUUGCACUUCCUCAAGGGCAAGACUAUCGACAGCCAUCAAAAUGUAAUCUGGUUGGGGGAUACCAACUACCGAAUAGAUCUGGACAACGACCGCGUCCGUACGCUCGCGUCGAUCGACGACUUUGACGCGCUCCUCGCCGCUGAUCAGCUACGGCGCGCCAUGGAUGAGCGCGCAGUGUUCGAGGGCUACCAGGAGGGGCCGCUGCUCUUCCGUCCGACGUACAAGUACGAUCUCGGCACCGACAAUUACGACACGAGCGAGAAGAUGCGCGUUCCAGCUUGGACAGACCGGAUAUUGUUCAGGGGCAGCAAUCUCGACCUUGCAGUUUAUUCUCGGGCAGAGCUGAGGAGUUCGGACCACCGCGCAGUGUUCGCUAUAUUCCGCGCAGAAGUCAGGAUAAUCGACCACGUGAAGCGAGCUGCUCUCUCGAAGCUCCUCCUGGAGAGCGUCACAAGUACGGCGCCGGGCGAGAAGCUUGACGAGAAACUGGCUGGCCUCACUUUCAGCCAAGAGGAGCCUGAUCUUCCGCCCCCUAGUUCGGACGACGCCGCUUGGUGGGACGACCUAGAACAUCCCAAUGGCAUUGUCGUCCCCAUUGCCUCGAAGAACGGGAGGGGCGGCAACCCAUUCGACUCGUCCAGCGAGUCGUCCCUCUCGUCGUCGCCGUCCUCGUCUGAAGAAGAGCUGUAUCAUGCCCUGCAAGCACCCAUCGCUCCCGUUCAGACGACACGGAGACCGGCCCCGCCACCACCGCCACGCGCCACGAAGGUUACGCCAGAGUCGGACUCGUAGUAUAGACAAGGAUGUAUGAUACAGACACGGACAGCAAUAGCACUCGCAUCGGUAUGGAGAGCACAGAAUGGACAAACGAGCGUAAACAGCAAAGCAGGUCAGAUGAGACCCUGCUUCUUGAGAUCCUCGUACGUCUUGCGGUUGUACACGUUUCCUUCUUCGUCCUCGAGCUCCUCCAUGGUCUCCUGCUCGAAGAUCUCGGUCCGGCCCUCGCGUUUGAGCUUCUCGGCAAGCGCUAGCGCGUCUUCGAUCUUGGUGAUCUCGUGGAAAUGCUUCGUGUUAGGCAAGCCAAGUGCACGCAUACCAAACGCAUGCCUCGAUUCCUGGAAAUGCCGUUCGAAGUUCUUUCGUCCCAUGUAAACAUGGUCUGAGCAGAUCUCGCACCGGUACUCCACACCCAGCCCGUGUAGCUUGUACAACCAGUACGGGAUCGGCUUGCCGUCCCAUCCCAGGGGAAGCUUCAGCGGGUUAUAAAUCCGCUCCUCCUCUUCCUCCUCUUCUGCGCCCUCGCCGUUUGCGGGCGUCUUGUUUGCCGGUGGGGGCUUCUUCGACUGCUCGAGGAGCUCCUGCUCGCGCUCGCGCGCGGUGAGAGAGAACCGGCGCUCAACGUUGGACUUGGUGUCGUUCAGCGCUUGAGAGAGUGCACGUAGGAGGGCCGUGCAGAGGUGUGUGAGGAGCGCAGCAUUGCGAUGCUUGUCUUUUCCAGAGACGUGCGGCUCGGUUUGGUGGGAGCCGCUCGCAGUAGGAGGGCCAUUGGGGUUCGCCGGUGGCGCACCUGCGGUAGCCUGUUUUUGCGCGGCCUUGAUGUGUUUCUUCGAGGUCAAAUGGGCGUCGUACACCGUCUGUUUUGAGUACAUCUUCUGACAUGCUGCACACCAAAUCCCGUCCCCGCUUCCGUUUUCAGGCGCCUUAACCUGCGCCUCCUCCCAGUCAUUCGACUCGUCCAACUCCCAAUAUGUGUUGAAAUGUGCUUCAGCUUCGCGUUGUUGAGACUCAACGUCGAUGAGGGGUUGUGAGCGCUUCGUGAAAGAGAUGAGGUAUGCAUGGAGAGCACGAAUGUACAGCUCGUAAUCCCUAUGAAGCCUGCACUCCUUAGGCAGCUCGGUGUGAACGGGUUCUGACUGAGCAGCAAGGAGGACAUCGAGGUAUUGCAGGUAGGCAAGCCGCUUGCCAAUAUGCUUGAGAUUGUUGUAUGUCGUGUGGUUAGCAUAGAGGUCAAGGUAUUUGCCAUAGCCCUCUUCACCAGAGAACAACAAGGCAACAGGAUCAUCCUGCUCGAAGUCCUCGUCCUCAUAUUCCUCGUCAUCAUCCACAAACGCAGCUAGCUCUAGCUCAAACCCGCCAACGGUUGAAUCCGGGUACUUGGUAUGGUGCUCGGUGAUCUUCCCCAACUUCUCGUAGAAGGCGGACAGGUCGUCCUGGCGGGUAGACCCAGAGAUUGCAUCAAUUUCCGCCUUCCGCGUGUCCUGGUCUUCAUAGAGGUUGUUGAGUGUGACGACGCGUGAUUGUAGACGGUCCAGCAGCUGGGAGGCCCUAUGCUCGUUCUGCAAGCGGACCUGGUGUGUGGACUGGGUUUUCGCGAGGAUGGUAUGGAGAGCGCGCUCGAGGUGCUCAAUCUCCUCAUGUGUCUGGCGCUGAACCUCAAUAACGGAGUCCAUGAUGAAGAAGCGGCGACGGAGGGUGAGGUGAGGAGGACGG